CACCAGCUUCCGAGCACACACACUUGAUCGCGCUAGCCACUGACAAUGGCGUCGCAGCAGCAGAGCAGGAAGGACGCCGUGUCGAAGCGGGAGGAAGGCGGCCAGGGCGGCUUCAGCCUGGAGGAGAUCGGCAAGUUCCGCGCCGAGGCGCAGCAGAACUCGGCGGACGCCAUCCGCGCCGCGCAGGAGCGGUACAACCAGAACCUGCAGCACGGCGGCGCCGCCGCCAGGGCGGCGGUGACCGUCACCCAGGCGCCCGGCGCCACGGUGGUCUCCUACCAGGAGCACAAGGCCCUUCCCGAGGGCGCCCAGCAGGGCCGCGCGGCGCACGGUCAGGGCGCCAACGCGCCGGCAGGGGGCACCACGGCGGCGUCUCGGGGCACCGAGAAGCAGCACGCCGCGAAGCAGGAGGAGGGCCGCGGGCAUGGCACGGGCCACAAGGAGCAGAAGGGCUCGGCGGCAGUCACCCGCGCCACCGAGGGCGGCCACGACAAGCAGGGCAGAGAGAGCGCCGCGCGCGGCACCAACGCUACGGCAGGCGCCGCGGCGGCCUCAUCUCGGGGCGAUGAGAAGCAGCACCACACGAAGGAGGAGGAGGGCCGUGGGCAUGGCACGGGCCACAGGGAGCAGAAGGGUUCGGCAGCAGUCACCCACGCCACUGAGGACAGGGGCAAGGAGGGCGACUCGGCAGCCGCCUCUGCGCGCGGCGCCAAGGACGCGGCCAUGCACGCGCUCGGCAUCACGGGAGAACAAACUGUGGCGAAGGGAGCCGGUGCGCAUGGCGCACAGGUCCGUGGGCAUGAUACGGGCCACAAGGAGCAGAAGGGCUCAGACUCGGCCGCGCGCAAGCUCGGCUCCACUGGAGACUACGCUGCAGCCAAGGGAGCCCAAGCCAAGGAUGCCGGCGCGCAUGGCGCGCAGGUCGCCGCGGGCGAGACGAAGGAGGCCACGGCUACCGCCGCCGAGUACGCCAAGCAGGCGGCAGCAAAGGCCAAGGACGUCACGGUGAGCACCGGCGGGACGGCCGCGGAGUACGCCAAGACGGCCGCCGAGAAGGCGAGGGAGGCGGCUCUGGCGGCCGGAAAGACGACGGCCGAGUACACGCAGCAGGCGGCGGUGAAGGGCAAGGACGUCACUGUCUCCACGGGCGGGACGGCCGCGGAGUACGCCAAGACGGCCGCCGAGAAGGCCAAGGAUACCGCGCUGGCGGCCGGCAAGACGACGGCAGAUUACACUCAGCAGGCGGCGGUGAAAACCAAGGACGUGACGCUGUCCACGGCCGCGCAAGCGGCGCAGAAGGCCAAGGAGGUGACCGCGGUCACGGCGCAGAAGGUGGCGGAGUACACGAAGGAGAUGGCGGAGCAUGGGAAGACCGCUGCCGCCCAGGCCGAGGAGAAGGCCAAGGAGGCCGCAGCCCGCGCCGCCGACAAGGCGGAGGAGCCGGGCUUCGACACGGGCACACAGGCCACGGACAAAGCCAAGAGCACAGCCGCAGGGGCGGCGGACAAGACCCGCGACACGGCCGCGCAAACCAUGGACAAGGCCAAGGACGUAACUGGAGACACGGGGAACAGGACCGGAAGCAUGGCUGCGCAGGUGAAGGACACGACCGGAGCCAUGGCGCAGAAGGCCACUGAUACGGCCGCGUACAUCAAGGACUCGGUAACGGGCGCAGCAGGAGGCACGGCGGACAAGGCCCGCGACACCACCGAGCAAACAAUGGGCAGGGCCAAGGACGCCACCGGAGACACGGGGAACAGGACCGGGAGCAUGGCCGCCCAGGUGAAGGACGCGACAGGAGCCAUGGUGCAGAAGGCCGGCGACACGGCCACGUACAUCAAGGACUCGGUGACGGGCGCGGCGGGAGGCGCCGUGGACAAGACCCGGGACGCCACGUCGCAGGUCGCGCAGAAGGCAGGGGAGGCGACGAACAGGGCGGUGGAGACCGGCAAAAGCGCCACCGGCGGCGGCACGACCAAGGCGAAGGGUGAAGGCACCGAAGACACCAAGAUCGUGGAAGACGUGCUGGAGGUGGUGGGCGCGACCGUGGAGGCGGUGGGCGCGACCGUGACCGGGCUAGCGCAGCACACCAAGGGGAUCGUCGCCGGCGAAGAGGAGCUCAUCCCGGUCGAGGGGGAGGCGGGGAAGGUCGCCGGAGCCGGCGAGGGCAGGAAGAAAUCCGAGUGAGCAGAUCCACACGUACGUCGCAGCAAAAAUGUUAGAGAGAAUGUUGGUUGUGCAGUCACUUUGAUCAGACACGUUUAUAAGGGUGUUGUAUAUAAUUGUAAUAAUAUAAGUAGUGCACUAUAUGGAGUGCUCAGGUGAGUCGAAUAAUGGUCGUUUAUAGGUAAGAGGGACUAUGUCCAGAUGUUUAAGCUACUACUAGCAUGUUUGGAAGG